AUGAAAAAGGCUAAGGGAAAGUCAAAGGGGGCAAACUUCUUUAGCAACGAUAUAAUUUUCACUUUUCUUGUCAUUGGAAUAUUUGUCGUCAUCAUCAUCGUUACCAUAGCCUGUCAUUCACAGUGUCGGAGACGAAGAAAUAAAGGGGUAAAAGCCAAAAGUCUGACCAUCUGUUGUUGCUAUGAUAACAAGGUUAACAGUCGACUUAGAGUUGUCCGUCAAAAGAUGGGCUCUGAUUGUGCAAUUUGUUUAGAGGAGAAUAACAUGAUGAUCAGGCCAGUCGUCGAAUUAACUUGUAAACACGUGUAUCAUAAGGAUUGUAUCAGUAAAUGUCUCGAGAUGGACAAGAGGGCCAAAUGUCCACAGUGUCGACGACAACCAGGACAAUUCUCUACUACUGAUCGAUUCAUCGCCAACAUCAUGACGGUUGUGAGGAUGAGAAACGAGAGAACAAUUGAAACUAAAGCAAGCAAAUAUCAGCAAGCAGAGGAGAAAGGGAAAAUGGUUUCAGAAUACACAGAUAUACCCAAGUGUAGUGGUCGCACAAUUCUUGUCGAAUCGAUUGUCUGA